AUGGCGGAUGGACAGCUGUUCAAGCCUGAAAAGGAUUACACUAAAGAAGUUGACAAGCAAUUACCUGAGGCGGAGGAACUUGCGAAAAACAAUGUCCAGGCAGCACUUGAGAAGCUUUCGGUGCUCGAGAAGCACACCCGACAGGCGUCAGACCUUGCCUCGACAUCAAGACUUCUCGUCGCCAUCAUCACGAUAUCGAAAGACUCUGGAGACUGGGGCUUGUUAAAUGAGCAAAUAUUAUUGCUGUCGAAAAAGCAUGGCCAGCUCAAACAAGCCACCACCAAGAUGGUACAGGUUGCCAUGUCAUUCAUAGAUGAAGCACCGGACGCGGAGAAGAAGCUGGCGCUGAUCGAGACAUUACGGACUGUCACAGAGGGCAAGAUCUUUGUCGAAGUCGAGCGGGCACGUGUCACCCGCAUUCUAUCCGACAUGAAGAAAGAACAGGGCGACCUCAACGCGGCGGCAGACAUCUUAUGCGAGUUACAAGUCGAGACGUUCGGAUCGAUGGAGCGGAGGGAAAAGACAGAGUUCAUUCUCGAGCAAGUAGCGUUGUGCAUAGAAAAGGGGGACUGGACCCAAGCAGGUAUCCUGAGUCGGAAGAUAAGCACUAAGUUUUUCGCCCGGAAACCAAAGAAGACACAAGAGCAGAUCGAGAAGGAUAAGAAAGAGCGGGAAGAAAAAGAGAAAAAUCGAAGUAUGGACGAUCCCCCACUUGAGAAGGAGGACGAUGUUACAGAUCUGAAGCUACGGUAUUACGAGCAGCAGAUCACGUUGGCAAAGCAGGAAGACAAAUAUUUGGAUGCAUGCAAGCAUUACCGGCAGGUUUUGGAUACGGAAUCCGUCGAAGAGAAUCCAGUACAGCUGCAUGCAGUCCUCCAAAGAGUCAUAUACUAUAUCCUUCUCGCCCCUCAUGACAAUGAACAAUCCGACCUCCUCCACCGCAUCAACUCCGACACCCGCAACUCCCUCGUCCCCGACGAGCAGCAGCUCCUCAAAACCUUCACCAUCCCUGAACUCAUGCGCUGGCCCAUCGUCUCCGAGCGAUUUGGCGCCCACCUUUGCUCUACUGACGUCUUCUCCGCUGCGGCCUCAUCCUCAGAUCAGGAAGAUCCGAAGGCCCACACCCGCUGGCAAGAUCUACGCAAGCGCGUUAUCGAACACAACGUUCGUGUCAUAGCGAAAUACUACACGCGCAUACAGAUGCAUCGACUCACUCAAUUGCUCGAUUUGGAUGAGGAAGAGACAGAAAGCUAUAUCAGUCAACUGGUGACCGCCAAGACGGUGUAUGCCAAAAUCGACAGGCCUGCGAGAGUCGUUUCCUUUGCCAAAACCCGGGAUGCAGACGAGGUCUUGAACGAAUGGAGCGGGAGCAUGAAGAGUCUUCUGGGCCUCCUGGAGAGAAUCGAUCACUUGAUUACCAAGGAAGAGAUGAUGGCUCGUAUACAGCCUGUGGGCGAUAACGCGGUGAAGGCCCAUUAA